GAAGCAGGAAGUGUAGCUCAGACAUGAAGCUCGCGCCGCUGCUGCUGUGCGCGCUCUGCUCCAGCGGGGCUCUCGCAUGCGGAACCAGAGGGGACCGGCUCUCUGAUGGACCCCCUUUGAACGUGUCAGACCCGGACCGGGACAGGAACAGGAACCUGGACCUGGACCUCGAUGUGUCGGCCGUGCUCCGCCGCGUGGAUCCGCGCUUCCUGUCCGUGACCAUCGAUGCGAGCCUGGCCUCGGAGGAGAGGUUCAUGUCGCUGCUGAGCUCUCUGAGGAUGAGGACUCUGGCUGAAGCUCUGAGUCCGGCCUUCCUGCGCUUCGGGGGGACGCGGCAGGACUUCAUGCUGUUCGAGCCUCAGAGGCGGCCGGACGCUCAGCUCGCUGCAGGUGAAUCAUGUGACCAGACUCUGCUGCCCCGCUGGUUGGAGGAGCGUCUGAAGCACGACUGGACCGAGCAGAAGCUCCUGCUGAUGAAGGAGGACCUGCUGAGGAAGUACAAGAGGCUCCGCUUCACAGAGCUCACCGUCGACCAGCUGAACGCCUUCGCCAACUGCUCGGGGCUGCAGCUCAUCUUCGGCCUGAACGCUCUGCUCAGGGCUCCGGAUGGCAGCUGGAACAGCAGCAACGCCGGCCUGCUGCUGCGGUACUGCGAGUCCAGGCGCUACCGAAUGUCCUGGGAGCUCGGCAAUGAGCCGAACAGCUUCGAGAAGAAGGCCGGGAUCCGGGUGGACGGGCGUCAGCUGGGGCUGGACUUCACUCGUCUCAGAAAGAUGAUGUCAGAGUCCAAACUGUACCGGGACGCCGGGCUGUACGGGCCGGACGUGGGCCAGCCGAGAGACCGUCACACGGACUUACUGGAGGGAUUCCUGCAGACGGGAGCCGAGGCCAUCGACGCCUGUACCUGGCACCAUUAUUACGUGAACGGCAGAGACACGUCCGUGGAGGAUUUCCUAGAUCCUGAAGUCCUGGACACUCUGGCCUUAAAGACCAAUGAAGUCCUGGAGAAGGUGAAGCUGGUGUCUCCUGGGAAGUCGGUGUGGCUGGGAGAGACGAGCUCGGCGUACGGAGGAGGAGCUGCAGGACUGUCUGACACGUUUGUGGCAGGAUUCAUGUGGCUCGAUAAAUUAGGCCUGGGAGCUGCGCUCGGGCUGGACGUCGUGAUGAGGCAGGUGCUCAUCGGCUCUGGGAGUUACCACCUGGUGGACGACAACCUGGAUCCUCUUCCUGAUUACUGGCUGUCCGUCCUCUACAAGAGGCUGGUUGGACCGGAGGUUUUAAAGAUUCAGGUGUUUUCUGAGUUUGGCCGAAGUAAACGAGUGAGGAUGUAUCUGCACUGCGCCAACAGGAAGCGCUACAGGGGCGGCGCGCUCGCUCUGAUGUCCAUGAACCUCGGGAAGAAGCCGGCGAGGAUCUCGGUGCCCGCCGUCGUCUCCAACAGCACAGUGGAGGCUUUUGUCCUGGAGUCUGAGCGGUCGGGGGAGGAGGGACUCUACUCCAGAGAGGGACAUCCCAAAUAUGGCCAUCUCAGGGUCAGAAGAAGAAGAAGGUGAGCCGAGGCCCAGGGUGAGACAGAGGAGGAUUAUUCUGAACUGUGAAUCAUGCAAAGCUGCUGUGGUGGAGCCGGAGAAUAAAAAGAUGGAGCAGACGGCGUUCCAGCGACAGCGUGAUGUCUGAAUAAAGUGAGCAAAGGUUCGUUCCCCUCAGCCUGGAAGAACACGGCUUUAUUUUCAGAAUUUGUUUCUGUUCAGUUUCAUGUGAACUCAAACACAUGAAGCUGCUCUGUGGACUCCACGCUAUCCCAGCAUGCUCCUCUGAGACACCAACCCUCUGCAUGAACCUCCUCUGAAGUCUUCCUCUGCUCCUCCUGCGUGCAGCUCCAGCGUGUCCACCCUCCCUCCUCUGACUCUGGUUUGGAGACAGUUAGCCAAAGUCCUGUAAGAUGCUUAGGAUUAAAAAUGGAGCAGGAUCUUUGUGAAGAAUAACCUCAUUAAACUGCAGUUAAACUGAUUCUGUUCAUUCAUAAUUAAAACGACGACUGUACAGCGAUAAUGCGCCAUGGCGUCGUUAAUCAGCCGCUUUAAUGACCACGGACGGGUCAAAAACAGCUUCCUGCUUCAUAAUCUCAGCUGUGGACAGACUGAGUGCCGGCAGAGGACGAACCGCCGCUUUAUAGUUCAGGCUCAGGGAUCAGGAGUUCAAAGGUCACCGCUGUGAGUUGGCACAGGUCAGCAGUCAACAGUUCAUCCGCUCAACCCUGCACUUUCUGAGAGCAG